UGAUAAUUUAACUCAUUACAGUAAAGAGAAAUUCCCUGGGAUACAAAUAUACGAUACGAGAUAGAGAGAGAGAGCUCCUUGUUCAAACCCUAGAUUUGAAGAUCGAUCUAUCUGCUUCUCGUCAAGACACCGCACAGCUCGAUUUCUAUGAUUAUUCUUUAGAUCCUGCUCAAUCUCUCCCAGAUUCAUCGACGGUCUCUCGAUUUUCGAACCUUUUCUGCUGGAAUCGGUGCUUGGAGCUUCCGGAUCCUAUGGACUGAAGUCGGCCGAUUCGUAACGACGGUUCUUCGUUUUGGGCUGCGAAGAUCUACGGAGGAGAUUUGGAGACAUCUACGGCGCAAUCACAGGCGAUCUACUAGAUUUGAUUCAACACAGACGUUCUCGUGCCUGAUUCUGCUGGGGCUUCUUUUUGAUUUGUAGAUUUGGUGUGGUCUUUGCUGCACGCGUGGAGGUUGUUUCGUCUGCCAAAUUCUGUGAAGUCGAAUCAGCGAAAUCAAAAAAUUUCAAUGGCAAUUUAUUACAAGUUUAAGAGUGCAAGGGAUUAUGAUACCAUCGCCAUGGAUGGUCCUUUUAUAUCAGUCGGUAUUCUCAAAGACAAAAUUUUCGAAACUAAGCAUUUGGGCAGUGGUAAAGACCUUGAUAUUGUCGUCUCCAAUGCCCAAACUAACGAAGAGUAUCUGGACGAAGCAAUGUUAAUACCAAAGAAUACAUCUGUUCUAAUUCGUCGAGUCCCAGGACGCCCUCGCAUCACAGUUAUUACUACGCAAGAGCCUAGAAGCGAGAGUAAAGUGGAAAAUGUUCAGGCUGAAAUCAAUAUUCCUGUUCCCGUUCCAUCUGCAGUGAAUUAUCUUGAAGAUGACGAGUUCGGGAAUGAUUUAUACUCUAUUCCCGAUGCCCAAGAUGCCCAGCAUAAUAUUCAUUGUCCUGUUCCUGCACCAGUAGACGAGAAAGUAGAUGAAGAAAGCAAAAUUCAGGCGUUAAUCGACACUCCGGCCCUUGACUGGCAGCGACAAGGUCCAGAUAAUUUUGGGGCUGGGAGAGGUUACGGAAGGGGUAUGACUGGAAGGAUGGGUGGACGUGGUUUUGGAAUGGAAAGGAAAACGCCUCCUCCGGGCUAUGUUUGCCAUCGUUGCAAUAAACCUGGACAUUUUAUCCAACAUUGCCCCACAAAUGGUGACCCUAACUUUGAUGUUAAGAGAGUUAAACCACCUACUGGUAUCCCCAAGUCCAUGUUGAUGGCGACCCCAGAUGGUUCUUAUUCCUUGCCCAGCGGUGCAGUUGCAGUUCUGAAACCAAAUGAGGAUGCUUUUGAAAAGGAAAUGGAGGGAUUGCCAUCAACAACACGCUCUGUAGGAGAACUUCCGCCUGAGCUAAAAUGCCCAUUAUGCAAAGAAGUAAUGAGAGAUGCUGCGCUUACAAGCAAAUGCUGUUUCAAGAGCUUCUGCGACAAGUGUAUCAGAGAUCACAUUAUUGCGAAGUCGAGGUGUGUUUGUGGAGAAGAAGUACUUGCUGACGAUCUUCUACCAAACAAGACCCUCAGGGAUACUAUAAACCGUAUUUUGGAAGCUGGAAACGAUAGCACUGAGAACGCCGGAAGCGUGGGCCAUAUCCCAGAUUUGGAGUCGGCACGCUUUCCACCUCCCAAGGUUCUAUCUCCUACUACAUCUGUUGCAUCUAAAGGCGAGAAGAAACCAGCUCAUAGUAACAACAACGGUACUUCAACCGUAAAACUGCCAAUGGAAGCUGCAGAGAUCACAAGUGUCCCUCGGGCGUCUGCAGAAGAUAAAGUGGAAAAGCCAGUCGAUGCGUGUGAAAGCACUCAAGGAUCCCUGACUGUGAAAGAAGCAACUGGCUCAAAGGUUAAUAUGCAAGCUCCCAAGGAAGAAGCGCAGCAGCAGGUUGCUGCUGGAGAGCCAGGAAAAAAGAAGAAAAAGAAACCCCGAGUGCCUGGAACUGAUAUGCAAUGGAAUCAUGGGCCCGAUCUUGCUGGCCCUGACUAUAAUAUGAUGCAAAUGGGUCCAGUUCCUCCGUAUUUCAACGGUAUGCAACCUGGCUUCAACGGUGUUCAACCUGGCUUCAAUGGCGUUCAACCUGGCUUCAAUGGCUUUCACCCCGGCUACAACGGAUUUCCAGGCCCUUUUCCAGGCCCGAUGCCUCCUUUUAUGGGUUACGGGUUAAACCCGAUGGACAUGGCAUUUGGUGGGGGUAUGAAUAUGAUGCACCCAGAUCCAUUUGCUGGACAGGGGUUUGGAUUCCCUAAUAUUCCACCACCUCAUAGGGACCUAGCGGAGUUGGGAAACCGUAUGAAUCUUCAACGUGCCAUGAUGGGCAGAGACGAAGUCGAAGCUCGAAAAGCUGAGAUGUUAAGAAAACGAGAGAACGAGAGACGAGUUGAAGGUGGGAAGAUGUUUAGAGAUGGAGAGAAUAGCAGAAUGAUGAUGAACAAUGGGACUUCAGCCUCUGCAUCAUCCAUCAACCCUAAUAAAUCUCGACAAGCACCUCCGCCACCGAAUCCGGACUACGACCGUCGUAGACGACCGGAGAGAUUAUCCCCAGAGCAUCCACCACCGCGUAAAACCAACUCUCCCUCACGCGAUUCCAAGAGAAAAUCCGAGCGGUAUCCGGAGGAACGCGAUCGGCAACGCGACCGUGAAAGGUCGUCACGUAACCAAGACAUAGAUCGUGAACACGACCACCGCACUCGCGAUCGUCGCGAUGAAGAUAGAAGCCGAGACCAACGUCACCACCGCGAUUCGGAACGAAGCCAACAUCACCACCGUAAACGAUCGGAACCUCCGUCUUCGGAGCCAGCCGCUGCGACUAAAUCAGAGAUCGAUAAUAGUCACAAGUCAAGUGUAUUCGCUCGGAUAAGCUUCCCGGAGGAAGAAUCUUCCAGCAAACGACGAAAGGGAUCUUCGUCGACUUCUACUUCCGCGGCGGAUCCGCCUGUCCCUGCCGCUGUCGCGGUGGGGACAUCAAUCCACCGUCACAGUCGGAAGGAAUUCGAAGUAGCGGAAUACGAAUCUAGCGACGAGGAUAGGCAUUUCAAGAGGAAGCCGUCAAGGUACGAGCGGUCUCCACCGGUGGUGAUUACUGAUGUGAGUGAUGAUAAACAACGAUACUCUAGACGCGGGAAGGGAGAGCGAUCUCGAGCUUGA